CUGUCCGCAGUCUUGGUCAUCCCUGUGCUGUCCGCCAGAGUCUUGGUCAUCCCUGUGCUGUCCGCAGUCUCUGGUCAUCCCUGUGCUGUCCGCAUCUCUGGUCAUCCCUGUGCUGUCCGCAGUCUCUGGUCAUCCCUGUGCUGUCCGCAGUCUCUGUCUCUGGUCAUCUCCUGUACUGUCCGCAGUCUCUGGUCAUCCCUGUGCUGUCCGCAGUCUCUGGUCAUCCCUGUGCUGUCCGCAGUCUCUGGUCAUCCCCUGUACUGUGUCCGCAUUCUCUGGUCAUCUCCUGUACUGUGUCCGCAGUCUCUGGUCAUCUCCUGUACUGUGUCCGCAGUCUCUGGUCAUCUCCUGUACUGUGUCCGCAGUCUCUGGUCAUCUCCUGUACUAUGUCCGCAGUCUCUGGUCAUCCCUGAACUGUGUCCGCAGUCUCUGGUCAUCUCCUGUACUGUGUCCGCAGUCUCUGGUCAUCUCCUGUACUGUGUCCGCAGUCUCUGGUCAUCUCCUGCACUGUGUCCGCAGUCUCUGGUCAUCCCCUGUACUGUGUCCGCAGUCUCUGGUCAUCCCCUGUACUGUGUCCGCAGUCUCUGGUCAUCCCCU